AUGAAGUUCUUGGCUACGACAACCGUACUCACAUCCUGGGCGACUCUUGGCGUCAACGCCGCAGUCCAGGACAGGCAGACUACGAAGCCUCUCGUCGACUCGGCCAGCUUCCAAGAGCAGAUCACUAAGGAGAACCUCCAAGCCAACCUGGUCCAACUGAGCGACAUCGCAACAGCAAACGGCGGUAACCGCGCCUUCGGCCUCCCAGGCUACGCCGCGUCCGUCGACUACAUCUUCAACCGCAUCUCCAGCGCCGCCGGCGCCAAGGUCUGGAAACAGGACUUCUCCGCCACCUACAACACCGAGCUCCGCGCCAACCUCACCAUCAACGGCGAGAAGUCGACCAUCUACGGCCUCUACGGGUCCCCCGACACCCCCGCCGAGGGCAUCACCGCGCAGCUCGUCGCGGGCCCGGAGGGCACCGCCGCCUGCGAGGCCGCUUCGUACGCGAACCUCGACGUCAGCGGCAAGAUUGUGAUUGUGACGGAGUCGGUGUGUCCUGGGUACCGGGAUGGGUUCCACGCUGGUGUGAUGAAGCCCGCUGCUGCGGCGGGUGCGAGUGCCGUGAUUGUUGUCAAUGAUAUCGCGCUGAAUCUGACGGCUGGGAACCUUGGUCCGGCUGAUGAUGGGACGUAUAUCCCUACGGGCUUCGUCAACCAGCACAUUGGCAAUCCGCUCCAGGCUCGGUUGGCGGCUGGGGAGGUGCUGAACGCUUUCUUUUGGGAGGCUGAGGUUGUCGAUAGCCGCGUGACGCAAAACGUAUUUGCUGAAACGGAGGGCGGUGAUGAGAACAACGUCAUUGUCCUCGGCGCCCAUCUGGACAGCGUUGCAUGGGGUCCAGGUAUCAACGACAACGGUUCCGGAACCUCACUCCUCCUCGAGCUCUUCCUAGCCCUCACGAAAUACACCACCAACAACAAAAUCCGCUUCGCGUGGUGGGGCGCCGAAGAAAAGGGCCUCAUUGGUUCCCGUUACUACGUCAACAACCUCGCCACGCAAGAGCGCGAUAACAUCCUGGCCUACCUCAACUUCGACAUGGUCGCCAAGGGAUACUACGGCGUCUUCGACGGCGACGGCGCGUCUUACGGCGUCCCGGCCCCGCCUGGCUCCGACGUCAUCCAGGAGCUCUUCACCGCCGACUUUGUCGCCAAGGGUAUCAAUGUGACUGCCGCGAGGUUCACCAACGGCAGUGACUAUGCCUCCUUCUGGCAGGUCUUGGGCAAGCCCAUAGGUGGUCUUCACACGGGAACGGGCUCUGCGCAGGAUCCCUGCUAUCAUCAGCCGUGCGACGAUAUCAACAAUCCGGAUCUGGACCAACUGACGACCACUGCUCAUGUGCUGUCCGCCUUGGCCCUCGACGGAACCAACCUGAUCAAGAAGCUGACCGCUCGCGUGCUUCCCGCCCGUACCGCUGUGGCUGAAAGAGCCAUCGCGACUGUGGAGGAGUCCGAGGACGAACAUCACCAUUGCUGA